CAACCCCUCUCCAUUGAUCUUUUGAUGACGAUACAAACCCCUAAAUCGGUAUUGGCUCUCAUAGAAACAUGCACAAAUCUUCAACAACUGAAGCAAAUCCAUGCCAAAUCCAUCAUCUCUAGCCUCUCCUAUACCCAAUUUAUAAUCACCAAAAUCAUCAAUUCCUUCUUAUCUCAUGCAUGUCUUGAUUAUGCAACACAAGUAUUUAAUCAAACACAAGAACCCGAUGGUUUCAUCUAUAAUGCAAUGAUCAGGGCCUAUUCAUCAUCCCAAACACCAUGUGUAGCAAUAUCAAUUUAUAACAAAAUGAGGGCAUGUCAAAAUAUUUUAGGUGAUAAGUACACAUACCCAUUUGUGUUUAAAGCUUGUGCUAGUCAAUUUGCCGUAGAAAAAGGUAAGGAAGUCCAUGGGGUGAUUGUUAGAAUUGGUUAUGAGUUGGAUGGAUUUCUGCAGAGCUCUUUGCUUAAUUUCUAUAUGGUUUGUGGUGAAAUUGGCAAUGCACAGCAGGUGUUUGAUGAAUUUGAUGCGAAAGAUGUUGUGUUUUGGAAUGCUUUGAUAACGGGUUAUGCCCGACAAGGAAUGGUUUUAGAUGCUUUUGGGGUUUUUAAAGAGAUGGUGGAAGUGAAAGAGGUUAGACCCAAUGAAGGGACAAUGAUGGGGUUGAUAGUAGCCUGUAUAGAAUCAAAGAAUUUGAAAUUAGGGAGAGCGAUCCAUGGUUAUAUGAUGAAGGAUAUGGUUUUAAGGGAAGGAGUGAAAUUAGAAGCUGCAUUGAUUAAUUUGUAUGUGAAAUGUGGCUAUUUGGAUGGUGCAAGGAAAUUAUUUGAUGAAAUACCAGAGAAGAACACUGUGGUAUGGAAUUCGUUGAUUUGUGGGUAUUGUCAAAUUGGAUCUCUGAAUGAAGUGAUUGAGCUUUUAAGAGAAAUGCAUCUUUCAAAUCUUAAACCUGAUAGGUUCACGGUCUCAGGUGUUCUGUCUGCUUGUGCUCAAAUGGGGGCUUUUAAUCUUGGAAACUGGGUCCAUAGAUUUGCUGAGAAGAAGGGGAUCUGGGAUGUCUUUAUUGGGACUGCUUUGAUAGACAUGUAUGCAAAAUGUGGUUUCAUUGGAGCAGCAAGGGAGGUGUUUGAUCAGAUGAAUGAAAGAAAUGUUGCCACAUGGAAUGCUAUUCUUUCUGGAUAUGCUUCGCAUGGGCAGGCUGAAUCUGCAAUAGAGCUCUUCGGUGAGAUGAGGGAAUCAGGGGCUAGACCUGAUUCCAUCACAUUCCUUGCUGUCUUACAUGCUUGCGCUCAUUCAGGAUUGGUUGGAAAUGGUAAACAGUACUUUGAUCUGAUGCUGAAGUAUUAUAAGAUUCCACCAAGGGUUGAGCAUUAUGGGUGUAUGGUUGAUCUUCUUGGCCGUGCAGGGCUUCUACAAGAAGCAAGGGAGCUUAUCAAGAUGAUGGUUGUUGAACCAAAUGUGGUUGUGUGGGGAGCAUUACUAAGUGCUUGCAGCAUCCAUGGCAACAUUGAGAUUGGUGAGUGGGCAGCUCACCAUAUGAUCAAAUUGAAUGCAAUGGAUGGUGGAUCAUAUGUGAUCUUGGCAAAUUUAUAUGCAUCAGCUCAAAUAUUCGAUAGGGUUAAAGCAGUUAGAGAGAUGAUGGUGGAAAAGGGGAUUUGUAAGUCACGUGGAUGUAGCAUGAUUGAGAUUGGGGAUGUUGUUCAUGAGUUUGUUGUUGCUGACAAAAUGCACCCUAGAUCAGAAGAGAUUUACUCAGUGUUGGAUGAAUUAAGCAAGAAGCUCAAGAUGGCAGGCUAUGUUCCCUUGCUUGCCCUCGAUGAAGAAGGUUAAUCUAUCUGCUAAGGGGUAAUAAUUUUCCAAAGAAGAUUUUGACCAAGGGAUACAAAGGAGCAACGUAAUGUUGUGGAGUGUUGAUGAUCUUCCCAUAGAAAUAUUUGUUAAUUUCUGGUGAUCUUCACGAAAAGUACUAGGAUUAAUUUCCACAACAUGGUUUCAGAAUUUUGCUGAGCCUUGGUACAUUCAUCCAAAGGAACGAAUAUGUUUUCAGGGUUUAACGUGAUCAAUGGAGUUCCAAUUGACCUUAUUUGUCUUUGGCUGGCACUUGCAAUGGCUAGUGAUCUUGUUCUAAGGAAUUUCUGGCUUACAAAGGAAGCAACGAUUCCUCUUAGUCAAUCUACCUUGAUGCACAUUUACUUCUUGAAGAUGGUGAUAGAGAUGCUCUACUUCUUUUGCAGUACUAAAUUUUAAGGAUUUGAGAUUUUAGCAUUUCCCAGCAUGAAAGGAAAUAAUGGGCAAUCCAGGAAAGCAUGGUUGAUAUUUCAAGCCAGCUUCUAUAUCUUGGAUUAGGAAAUCCCUUCUGACAUUUUCAAGCUAAGGACUUCUUUGAUCAAUUUCUCCCUCUUGGCUCACCAACAGCCUUUGAUAUAAACAACACAGGGAGGCCUAAGCAAAGUUUUGGAAUUUUAUCGUUGAAAAGCUCCAGAUUGAUGUAAAAAGUGUACUUAAAAGUGAAUUUAGUUGCAGCUUCCUUGAAGCUUCAUGGUUGAUACUGAAAAGGCUCACAAUAUCCUCGAAUUUUCCAUUCCAAACCCUUCUUCAUGAAGCUCUGGUCAGGUCGACUUUAUGAUUAGUUCAUGACAACUUCACAACAAUCAUGGUGCUUAUGAAAGAGUGUACCUACUCUAAUUCUCCUGUUUGAAAAAUGCACCCACAAGGCUGUGUGAAGAGAUGAAGGCUUUAGCUUUACUGAAGCUUCAUGCACAUCCUCAAUUACAGUAUGGCUUUUGAAGUUGCCUAGAUAUAUAAAUGUAGAUCUAUGAGGUUGUUGUUUAGGGUUUUCUUGCAAGGAAAUUCUCUUCCCAUUACAUAAUAUUUCUUCAUGUGGGUCCUUCAAGAUUAGAGAUCACUGUUCUGGUGUUUUUCUUUUAGUCUUAUACAGGUUUGGGAAUAACACCUUCCCGGGUAUAAGGUGGACUGUAGGGUGGGAAACCCAAAAGAUUAGACAACUCCUAAAAGUGGUCACCUUCUGCCUCUGCCGACAUCCCCUUUCAUUUGUUUGUCUAUGAGCAUUGUCAUUAUCUUUUGAACAUGAUUAUUGGAUAAGUCUUAGUUGCUUCUAAUCUUUGAUUGAUUGGACCGAUAAUUUGUCUUAAUCAUUAUUAAUGUUGGCGACAAGGAUUUGUGGAGGGUGGUUGAAUCUUCUCAUCUGAUUAGUAAUGAGAAUGUUACUUAACUUUAUCAGCA